UUGGAGAAGAUGACGCAACUUCGAGCCCCCUGAAGUUCGAGUUUCGGCUUUCUCCGGGUUUUUCCGUGCAGAUUGGUCCACAGCCAACCAUUCAUAACACUGCAAAAUAAUGCAAAUCAGUAGUUCAGUAUACAGUUAUGGUGCCCCAUUUUGACCGCAGAACGAACUUCACACGUACAAUCAGUAUAUUGUAAUUGCGAUUUUUUAACUUCCUGCUACGCACAUCGUGUUUAUCUUCGUAGAAAAUCCGUCUGUAUCAACCUCAUCCUACCUCAGUUAUGGCUGCGUUGGCGAAAAAACUGACAGAACAGUUGAAAAGCAAAGAAUUCCGAACCUACCUGGCCAGUACCCAUUUUUGGGGUCCAGUUGCCAACUGGGGAAUUCCCAUUGCUGCCAUCUCAGAUAUUCGCAAAGAUCCAAAACUCAUCAGUGGUAAAAUGACUUUUGCCUUAUGUUUGUACUCACUGGUGUUCAUGCGGUUUGCUUGGAAGGUCCAGCCUCAAAAUCUCCUUUUGUUUGCCUGUCACGCAACAAACGAAGCUGCUCAAUUAACUCAAGGUGCUAGAUUCAUAAAUUAUAACUAUCUUAGUUCUAAGCCUGCCGAACAAUGAUGAAGUUUUUGAAGAUCAUUCCCAUGCUUAGUUGUUUUUAGAUGUACCUGAAAUUUAUUUAUUUAUUUUAUUUUUUCAUACCUAUCUACAGGACAGGUUGCAUCGAUAAACGUAACAAACACACUACGACAUCCACUUGAUGGAUUUUAUCAAAAUAAUGUUUAAAAUACAUUAAAAUAAUGUUUAGAAAUAACUCUGAAGACCUUGAAAAUUUCUAGUGGCCCAAUACAUUCACUGUAGAUUUGAUAAUCACAUGUUAAGAGCAAGGGGCAUCCCCUACAACAUACAUUCUGUUGUUAGCUACUAUAAACUGUUUAUUCAAAAAAAUUCAAAACACCUCCUAUUCUAGAUUUCAUAUAACACUAAAAAUGAAUGUCUGUCUACUCAUAAUUUUUUAAUGUCCAAAUCAAUUCACAAAUUCAUUUAAUUUAUCAAGCUGUCAGACAUCCAAAUCAGUUAGCAAAUUCGUUUAAUUUAUCAAACUUUCAGACAUUAAAUCGAAAGAAAUAAAAUGGAGUGUGUAUGUGUCUGUAUUUGAAGAUAAGAACAAACAUAGACUUAGAAUUUUAAUAUUCUCCUGAAAAUAAUACCGAUAAUGCUGCUAUAUUAUAGUGUUAAUCAAUGUGAACAAGCUGCCAUUAAAUUUUCAGUAAGUUUCAUUCUCAUCGCUCUGGAUGAGCUAGGGGAUACUUUAGAGAAUUCUAUUUUGCGAGAAGUUCCACUUUUAUUUCACUCACAGUUUGUGUCACUCUAUCUACACCUCAAAGCAGCUAAAUUUGUGGUAGGGUAUGUCAAGUUGUCGUUAGUAUGUAAGUGUGUAAUUGUGUUCAUUGUUCCAUUAGCUCUUACAUACUAUUAGAAAAUUCUGACCAUGUAAAAUCAUCCUCCAGUUAUAUAUCCUUUACCUGCAUCCUGUACUUCCUCUGAUAAUAUUUGUUAUAAGUUAAAUGUGAUGUAACGGAAAUGUAAUGUCAGGAAGCUUUGAUAAGAUGUAGACAUUUGUUUCUCUCAAGUAACGUAAUUCAAGCAUCUCUUUACCUCUUUGCUGGGAUGAUCAUAUAUUAUCUUGAGUUAAAUUUUGAAUUCAGGUUUUUCAUCCUUACUUCAAUAAUGUUUGUCUGUCUGAAGAUGAAUGAUGAGAAUCAAAAGACAUUUUUAGUAAUUAAUGGGAAAUAUUUGAUUAAUUUUCAAUGUAAUUGUAGGUCGUAUGCUAAGAAACGUUUAUUUAUUCUGAAAAAAUAUUCACAAAAACUCUUGGAAAUCCUUUUGAUGUGAACAAAGUUACCUCUCUGAUCUGAUACUCCGAUUGAUACUCAUGUAUCGUUAUCAUUUUUAUCAAAUGGUCUAAGCUUUCUUUAAGAGCAAACAUUUUUCACAAUGUUUCAAAUUGCGAGUUCUUGAAUGUCCUCACUGAUUGUUCUCAUGUUAUUGUUUUCCUUUGGGCAAUAUUCACUCUACUUUAAGUAAAAACAGUCAUCAAUGGGAUGAAAGAGAGGAUUGUUUUUUUGCAGUAAUGAGAGAUAUUACCUGUGGCACAUUCCAGUAAAAUAAAAAUAUCAAUCCUGAGAUGAUCAAAAUCAAAAUAACUGCCAACUAAGAAUUAGAUCACCACCUCUUUCAAAAUUAAUACUCAUGCAUUACAUGCAAUGUAAUGACAUCCAAUGUCAGCAACUCAGGAAAAAAAUGUCAGUAUUCAAGUUUUCAAAACAGGUGUUCUGUCCUGCUAUAAGUUAAAAUCAGAGCAAACAAGUUUUUGUUUCUAUAACUUGCAUGUUCUGUUCAACGAUCAUCAGUGUAAUUCAAUAUUUUCAUUCUCAACGCUUCUGCGAGGCAGAAUUAGGCCAAUCAAUCUACAUAACAACAACGCUGCCAAUAGAUUUUUUUUUUUUUUUUUUGGCACCUUCAUUUAUUUUUUUUCUUUAUUGUUAAUCCCUUUUGUUGCUUAAUUUUUCAUUUUAUUUUUUUUCAAUUUGUUGUACAUCAUCUUCAUUUAGGCAACUGACUGAAAUAUACCUUUCUUUUCUUGAGGAGGAGAAGUUCUUUAUCCUGAGUUGUGCAUGUAAAUUCAUUGAGUUGUUUGUAAAUUAUUAUGUAUUUCUUUCUCUUUUAUCUUCUAGAAAUUCAGUUGAUAUGUUUAAAAGUAAUAUAUAAUUUUGUUACAUAAA